GAAGAUUGUUUUGGUAUUAAAGAUUGUGACCUCCACUCUCUCAGUAUUAACUUGCCUAUAGAAAUGGUUCGCUCUGCGUGAAAACUUUGACCAAAGAAAUAUGGCCUCUCCAUGUAGAAGGACUGGUUUAGGAUAUGAUGAAACCCUGGCCAAACAUUACAGCUUAUGGAAUCCUGAUUUUACAGAACAGCCUGACAGAAUCCUGGAACCAUAUGAUCGGUGCCAGUUAUACAAUCUAAUAGAAAGAUGUCAACCUAUUCAGCAUCGUAUAGCAAGCCAAGAAGACAUGGAACUAUUACACACAAAGGAACACAUAGAAAUAUUAAAAUCUUCAGAAACAAUGAAUGAAGAAGAACUGAAACAAUUAUCAACUAAAUAUGAUUAUAUAUAUUUUCAUAAUGAUUCAUAUGCAAAUGCUCGUCUUGCCUUAGGUAUUUGUUUACAGUUGAUAGAUGAUAUUUUUCACAAUAAGAUUGAGAAUGGAUUUGCUAUAAUAAGACCACCAGGUCAUCAUGCAUCUAGAGAAGAAUUUAAUGGCUACUGUUAUUUAAACAAUGCUGCUAUCACCGCUCACCAUGCUCUUAAUAAUUACGGCUUAAAAAGAUUGGGAUGUUCAUCAUGGUCAGGGGAUACAACGAGCUUUUUAUAAUGACCCAAGAGUAAUAUAUUUUUCGAUACAUCGUUAUGAAUAUGGUAAAGAAUGGCCGAAUCUCCGCGAGUCAGACUAUGAUUAUAUCGGAGAAGGUGAAGGUCAAGGUUAUAAUAUAAAUGUCCCCCUCAAUGAGGGAGGUUACUGUAUCAACUCACUAUCAGAAAGUGUAGCAAUAUCUAUUAAGACUCUACUAGGUGAUGUCUGUCCCUCUUUACCCCAGCUUUUACCUCCUAAAGAAAGUGUUGUAGAAAGUGUAUUGAAUGUUAUAAAAGUAUUACGACCGUUCUGGAGCUGCCUGAGGUACCAAAGAUUACUGGAACCAUGUCAAAGAGCUAGAACUCAUCACUUGUCCAGACUUCCCUCUGAGUAA